UUGAACAUGAAAGCCCGUGUUCCUGAACGCCCCUGACCCAGGACCUUCCUCUAGGGCGCUUCCUUUUGCGCAAGCGCAGAACACCGGCGUGAGAACAGUAGAGCCAAGAUGGCGGCAGUGGUAGAGAAUGUUGUCAAGCUGCUGGGUGAGCAGUAUUACAGGGACGCUAUGGAGCAGUGUCACAACUAUAAUGCCCGUCUGUGUGCGGAGAGGAGCGUCAGGAUGCCCUUCCUCGACUCUCAGACAGGCGUCGCCCAGAGCAACUGCUACUUCUGGAUGGAGAAAAGGCACAGAGGACCAGGUGGGACCCACUCACUCGCAGUGGUCUGUUUACAGAACAGAAGUGUUGCCCCAGGUCAGUUGUACACAUAUCCAGCACGACGCUGGAGAAAGAAGAGGAGGGCUAACCCCCCAGAGGACCCUCGUUUAGCCUUCCCAUCUCUAAAGUCCGAGCUGGAUCUGGGGCUUAAGAAAGAUGUUUUCUCCAGUGAUGGCAGCAGCUUAGAGGCACUUCUGAAGGGAGAGCCAAUGGACAAAAGAUCUGGGUUGGAGCUCCGCACAGCAGAAGAGGAUCCCAGCUCUACAGAGUACUCUUCCGGCGGUCUAAACCCUAGCAGCAGGGUCCGGAAGAAAAUUUUGGAGCCAGAUGAUUUUCUAGAUGAUCUGGAUGAUGAAGAUUAUGAAGAAGAUACUCCAAAGAGACGGGGAAAAGGCAAGGGAAAGGGUCGUGGUGUCAGCAGUGCUCGGAAGAAGUUAGAAGCAACAGCUGCUUUGGAGGAUCGAGACCGACCGUACGCUUGUGACAACACUUUCAAACAAAAGCAUAUUUCAAAAUCUUCCGAAAGAGUCUGUGGGAAGCGCUAUAAGAAUAGGCCUGGUCUCAGUUAUCAUUACGCCCAUUCUCACUUGGCUGAGGAGGAGGGGGAGGAGAAAGAUGAGAUGGACAUUCGCGAACCUACGCCACCCCAACAAGACGAACCCAAGACUCCUAAGAAGGGUCCAGAUGGUUUGGCUCUGCCAAACAAGUACUGUGAUUUUUGUCUGGGAGAUUCCAGCAUGAACCAGAAAACCGGCCAAUCAGAAGAGCUUGUGUCCUGCUCAGAUUGUGGCCGUUCUGGUCACCCCUCGUGUCUGCAGUUCACUCCAGUGAUGAUGGCUGCUGUGAAAACCUAUCGCUGGCAGUGCAUUGAAUGCAAGUGCUGUAAUAUGUGUGGAACCUCAGAAAAUGAUGACCAGCUGUUGUUCUGUGAUGACUGUGAUCGAGGAUACCACAUGUACUGCCUCUCGCCCCCUAUGUCUGAACCUCCUGAAGGAAGUUGGAGUUGUCAUCUGUGUUUGGCUCUCCUGAAAGAGAAGGCCUCUAUAUACCAGAAUCAGAAUGCACCGCCCUCAUGAUGGCCUUUUGGAAAAACAGACCCUCUUUCUCAUAGUUUCCUCCAAGAUUCGUCUGUUCAGUUUAAGCGAAUGAAACAGAUCAAACAAAAGUUGUAGUGAAACAGAAAAGGGUCGGCCACCUUGCCCAGCCCCACAGACACAAAUAGAGGGAGUGAGAAAAAGUGUGCCCUCUUUCUCUUAGUUCUUUCACAUCUCAGCAGGUUUGAUCUCUGUAUGACUGUUACACAGUUCCAAGCUUCAAACUACCCCUGCUCUUUGUUUUCAACUAUUAGCCACCCCACAACUAACACAGCUCUUCCAUAGCAAACGUCAAAGCCAGCCAGAAACUCUCUCGACCCUUACAGCAGUACAUACUUGGAGGAAGUCACUAUGAGAAUAUUAUGACUCUGUUUUUGAGUUCCUGCUCAUAUUAGACCUGAUAUUUCCACCUGUUCCUGCACACACUGUUUAACAGAAAACAAAUAAUUAGCUGCAGUUUAUAUCAGCCACAAUAAAUAUUGCAUAUUCAGCCAUAUCCAAAAUAAUCUGUCUGUACUGACACUGUGCUUAUCUCGGAGAGGAAUAGUUGAAAUCAAUCAGCAUGCCAAUGCUUGUUCAUAAUAAGCAAAAUAGAAAAGAAACAAUGUGUUUUUGUAUAUUUAUACAUUUGUAAUGCAUAUAAAGGUGUGCCGUAUUUAAGAUCUUAAACAGUAGAAAAAGGUUUAUUGUGAUGGGAGUUGCUUGGAGUUUUUUUAUUUUUUUUUGGUGGUAAUAAUAGCAUCUGUAUAUGCCACUGAAGCACAGAGUCUAGCAGUCUUUACUAACUAAUGGGUUAAGGGUGCAGGUAAGGCUAGUGAUUUUAAAUUACAUUGUUAUAUUGUUAAUUUUUGCAUUUUAAGACGCCCUUCAAAAAUUGGUUAAAAUUUAAUUAAAGGUGGUUAAGACAUCAGGUAAACGAGGAAUAGGAUUGAAAGAGGACUAAAAAAGAAAAAGUCCAGUAUAAAAGAACGUUGAAAAACUAUAAUAACCGGCAAUUAAUUGAGAUCUAGAACAAUGUAUUGCAGGCUACACUGAGGUCAGUUUGUGGAUGUUCAUAGUUUGAUAGAUUCUACCAAGAAUGGUCAAAAAGAUUUCUAUACUGUAAGGAAAUAUGUGGACAAAAACUUGCCAUAACUGUCAUGUUUACUGUGAAGACAUUUCAUUAAUUACAGUCAUACAUAUGACAUAACCAUAUUAUUUUAUUAGAUUAACAUUAAAUUGCCAAUUGCCAGCUUGUGUAGGAUAUUGAAACAAACAGGUCUGCCUCUGAAUGUGAGCUGUGUUAAAUAACCGUUUAAUCAGUAUACCCAGAAACCACCAUUGAGGAACAGAGAUAUCAGAAUGACUUUGAGCGUCACAUGCUUGGUUAGACAGUACAUUUAUUUUAGUAUGACUUAACCAAGAGACUGCUUUAAGUCCUUUAAUAUGAGGUCUGUAUUGACAUCUUUAUGGCAUCAGAUAUGUGCCAUUUAACUCUAGUUUUUAAGGAAACUGGUAAAAUUGUCAUUCCUUUUUGUCAAACCGGUAUAACUUUCUUCUGUGGAACAUAAAAGGAAACUAGAAAUGUUUGUUUUGGUCACCAUUGACUCCUGUUUUAUGCACAAAACAUAAUAUCAAAAUAUCUUCUCUAGCAUUCCACAGGAAAAAGUAAGUCAUACAGCUUCUGAAUGCCAUGAGGGUAACUAAACGGUGACAGAAUUGUAGUUUUUAAUUAUUGAUUGAAUUAUUGUAGUGAAGACAGAAAGUGACCCAGUGCUAAACUCAAUUCGAUACAGAUGUGAAGUGUGGUAUUUGCUGAAUUUGCCAGAGCUUAGUCUGACUUCCUAGAGCAAGCUGAGGCAGAUAUACAGCCUGUUUCAAAUGUUUUCAGCAUUUCCCUGUCUUCUAUUGCCAUUUACCUUCACAGUCCAGCCAAAACUUCCUUUGUUUAAAGAAUAAAUCUGGAGCACUGCA